AUGUCGAGAACUAUAGUCAAAGGACUUCCGAAGUACCUGGAAGAAGGAAAUUUGAAGAAACACUUCAGCAAGCGUUUGACGCAGAUUCAUCCAAAGGAAGAUGUAUCGGAGUUCAUCACCGACGUUAAGAUACUGAAAAACAGAGCAGGCGAGUCGCGCCGAUUCGCUUUCAUCGGGUUUCGCCACGAAGCAGAUGCCUUUGACGCCGUACAGUAUUUUGAUGGCUCGUUCAUCGACACUUGCAAGAUCGAGGUGUCCAUGGCGAAAAGUUUCGCCGAUCCCAGAGUUCCACAGCCAAUGCGUGAAAAAAGGCGAGAAGCCUUGAAGAGGCUACGCGAGCGGGAAGAACAGCUUCUCGAGGAACAAUCCACCAAAAAGACAAAACAGCAAGCCCGUUCUGCACCUACAGCUACAAUUGACGCAGAAGUCCAAAGAAACAAGCAGUUGCAAGAGUUCAUGGAUACCAUGAAGCCUAGCUCUCAGGUAACCUCGUGGGAUAAUUUGGGUGGUUCGCUGGGAUCUGCGCAGGAGCAACAGCAACAGCAACAGCGACAGCAACAACAACAGCACGCUGGUCCUGGAGCCCCACAAGGAAAUUCUCUGCUGGCGCAGGCGUUGGCCAUGAAGCCCGGGGCCGCCAAUGAGAGGGAUGAAACCAGCUCUUUCGGAGGCCUUGAUCAGCCCGGUGUGCCUGAAAAUGAGAGUGACGAUGAAUACGUCAGUCUAAACAACAAAGGCGACGAAAAUAAAGUUGCAGAGGAUGACGAGCCCAUGAUGAAAUUGGAUGAGAUCAAAGAAGACCGCAAUUCCACUUUUGCUCAAGAUCAAGAAGUCUCAGACUUCGACUGGCUCAAACAGCGUCGCAUUAGGAUCAAAGAGCGUCCAGAAGGCCAGGAACCUGACCUGCCCGCGAAAGAAGUCGAACGCGAGGCCGAAAGUGCUGACAGUGAAUCCGUUCCUCAAGCCUCAGCGACAACUGUCGAGGAGCCUGAAAUGGACACAACCGAAGAAGAGAAGAUCAUCGAAAAGAUCAAGACGACGGGCCGUUUAUUUCUGCGAAACAUUCUAUACACAGCCAAGGAAGCAGACUUCAGGGAACUAUUUUCUCCGUUUGGCGAACUAGAGGAAGUACAUGUUGCUUUAGACACAAGGACCGGAAAGUCCAAAGGUUUCGCUUACGUGAUGUUUUCUAAACCCGAUGACGCUGUAAGUGCAUAUGUCGAGUUGGAUAAAAACAUCUUUCAAGGCCGUCUCCUACACAUUUUGCCAGCAGACGAGAAAAAGUCUCAUAGGUUGGACGAAUUUGAUCUCAAGAAUUUACCUUUGAAGAAACAAAAGGCUCUUAAGCGCAAAGCACAUGCUUCUCAAGACACAUUUUCGUGGAACUCACUUUAUAUGAGUCAAGAUGCUGUAUUAAGCAGUGUCGCCUCCAAACUAGGCGUUCAGAAAUCUGAAUUGAUGGACGCCACCGAUUCCGGAGCUGCCGUCAAACAAGCACUUGCCGAGGCUCAUGUUAUUGGAGAUGUGAGAAAAUACUUCGAGUCCAAGGGCAUGGAUCUUGCUAAUUUUGUGCAGUCUAAGUCGCUCAGUGACCGCGAUGACAGGGUUCUUUUGGUGAAGAACUUUCCUUUUGGAACUACUAAAGCUGAACUUGCCGAGUUAUUUUUGCCCUUCGGUAAACUAGAGAGACUCUUGAUGCCACCAGCUCAAACCAUUGCUGUUGUUCAGUAUAGAGACAUUACCGCUGCUAGAAGCGCAUUCAGUAAGCUGUCUUACAAGAGAUUCAAGGACGGCAUUUUGUACCUGGAGAAGGGUCCAAAGAACUGCUUCAACAGAGAUGCACAAGGCGAUGAAAUCAUGGACUCUGAUUUAGGCGAUGAAACGGUCAAUGCUAAGGAAGCGAAAGCCACAUCGAAAGAUGUCAUGGACGUUGGUGUGCAGGAGACUCCUGAAGAGCAUGGCGCAGAUGACGUUUUCGAUGGCCCUACAGUGUCGAUUUUUGUCAAGAAUCUAAACUUUUCUACCACGAGUGCUCAGCUUACUGAGAAAUUUAGUCCAUUCAGUGGAUUCAUUGUUGCACAAGUCAAAACCAAACCAGACUCAAAGAACAGCGGAAAAACUUUGUCAAUGGGUUUUGGUUUUGCUGAAUAUAAAACGAAGGAACAAGCGCUUGCAGUCAUUAGCGCUUUGGACGGAUCUGUAUUGGAUGGUCACAGAAUGCAACUAAAGCUGUCUCAUCGCCAGGGUACCGCAGAUUCCGGGUCAAGAAAGUCCAAGAAGAAGGCAAGCGGUAAGAUAAUAGUCAAAAACUUGCCGUUCGAGGCAGAGCGUAAGCAAAUUUUCGAACUAUUCAGCUCUUUUGGCCAACUAAAGUCCGUUAGAGUCCCAAAGAAAUUCGACAAAUCUGCCAGGGGAUUUGCGUUCGUUGAGUUCUUGCUGCCGAAGGAGGCUGAAAACGCUAUGGAACAACUGCAAGGUGUGCAUUUGCUGGGACGUCGUUUAGUUAUGCAGCAUGCCGAACAAGAACCACAGGAUGCUGAAGAACAAAUUAGUAGAAUGACACAGAAAGUCAGAUCGCAAGUUAGAACACAAGAGCACGCUGCCUUGAGGAAUGGCGGCCGGAGAAAGUUGGACCUGGGUGAAGGCGAAGAGGAUGCAAACGAUGGAUUGAAUGGUGUAUAG